AUGCCCCAACGAGCGGUAAUACGCGAGAAUGCAGAAUCAACCAAGUUACAAGUGGUAUAUGACCCCUCGUCCCAUGCGUAUGACGGUGUGCCAUUCCUGAAUGAGUGUUUACACACUGGUCCCCCAUUACAGAAUGAACUUUGGAAUGUUAUUGUCCACAACAGAUUCCAUCCUAUUGCAGUAGCCGGGGAUAUGCGCAAGAGCUUCCUACAGAUACGUGUCAAGGAAGCCGAACGUGACGCACUGAGAUUUCACUGGAUGAAAGACAAAUCGACUGAAGAGCUGGAAGUGUUAAGGUUUACGAGAGUGGUGUUUGGUCUUGCUCCUUCUCGUUUCCUACUCGAUGCCGUGAUACAACAAAACCUGGAAAGUGUGCAAUCUGAGUACUCAGGGACUGUUCAAGAAAUCAAGAACAGUCUGUAUGUAGAUGAUUUGAUUACCGGAGAUACUACUGUGGAAGGUGCGCAACAGCUCAAACAUAAUGCGGUAGAGAUCUUUAAUCGUGCAAAGUUCACCUUGCACAAAUGGCACUCAAACGUGCCAGAACUAAAAGGCGACUACACAGAUGACGAGCCUUCGUUUACUAAACAGCAGCUUGGUGCAUCAUCAGCUCGUGGAGAGUACAAACUACUGGGACUCAAAUGGGACAAAGGGGAUGACACUUUAUAUGAUUCAUUCCCAUCUUAG